UCUUCACGUAGGUAUUCGAUGUUCGAUAUUCAAACCGAUGAGUUAGAAGUUCGCGUCGCAAGUUUAUUACAAGUUUUAAAAAUUUAAUUUCGGAUGUGCUUUUUUAUUAUAUAGUGUUGUGCUGUUUCAAUAUUUUAAGUUACCGGUUUUGUUUAAAAAUGAAGACUGCAAUCAUACUUCUGGCUUUUAUAUCAGCGGCAUACGGAUAUAAAAUAUUGUGCGUUCAAAAUGUGCCUUCCAAGAGCCACUUUCAUCUGAUGAAGGGGCUGGUGUAUCCUCUACUGGAAGCUGGUCAUCAGGUAACAUGGAUCACUACCUAUCCCGGUACGAAGCCGGUGCAGAAUCUGACAUACGUCGAUGUCAGCCACCUAGAGAAACUUGUAGAACAUAUAGACAUGAAUAAUAACAGGUUUAAUGGAAUCCACAUGGUGAAGCAGUUUGCCUGGAAUAUCUCCCGCAGUGCGCUGGAAACUCCGGCAGUGAGGAAUUUACUGGUGAAGGAGAAAUUCGACGCUGUCAUCACAGAGUGGUUCUUCUCUGACGUGGAAGCUGGCUACGCAGCCACACUCCAAGUGCCCUGGAUCCAGCUAAGCGGCAUGGUGCUCCACCUCCACUUGGAGUACCUGAUUGACACGGUGCGGUCGGUGCCCGCCAUCCCAUCGAUGGGCAACGAUUUCGACAUCCCCAUGAACUUGUGGCAGAGGAUUAGGAACUCCAUCUCUUAUCUCUUCUUCACGUAUUACACAGUAUCGGACCAGUCUUCCAAGGACAACUAUGAGACCUACUUCGGGCCGAUAGCCUCCGCGCGGGGAGUCCCCCUGCCCCCGUUUUCCGAGGCCCUUCACAACAUCUCCGUGUUACUGGUGAACCAGCACUCCUCGUUCGCGGCGGCUCAGCCCACCCCGCCCAAUGUGAUCGACAUCGCGGGCUACCACAUCGACGAAACAGUGCCGCCACUGCCCAAGGAUCUCCAAGACCUCCUGGACUCGUCCCCCCAGGGGGUAGUGUAUUUCAGCAUGGGUUCUGUGGUCAAGUCCGCGUCCUUCCCGGAGCAGACCAGGGUGGAUCUCAUCAAAAUGUUCGCAGAACUGCCCUACACAGUGCUGUGGAAGUUCGAAGAGGAGAUGUCAGGUCUGCCGAAGAACCUCCACAUCAGACCCUGGAUGCCGCAGUCUAGUAUACUAUCCCACCCCAACGUCAAGGUGUUCAUCACGCACGGUGGCCUGCUAAGUACCCUGGAGUCCCUCAACUUCGGGGUACCGGUCAUAGCGAUGCCAGUGUUCGGAGACCAGCCAACGAACGCACGCCGAUCGGUCAGAGCGGGACACGCUCUUAUGGUGGACUUAAAGGGGCCAGACGUGGCCAAAAAUCUGAAGAUCGCCCUCAUCGAAAUGCUGAAUAACGAUAAAUACUACAAUCGCGCGAAAUACAUCUCGAAGAUAUUCCGCAACCGCCCCGUCUCCAAUAAGAAACUAAUUCAGCAUUACGUGGAACUGGCGAUAGAGAGCAAAGGGGCAUAUCACCUGCGCUCCAAAAGCCUACUCUACUCGUGGUAUCAACUGUGGAUGCUGGAUCAGCUGGCUGUACUCCUACUAGCGCUGUACAUUGUUCUAAGGGUAAUAAAGAAAGUAGUUUCUCUGUUCAGAAAGAAGGAGAACGUAGGGAAAGGAAAGAAGGAGAAGAGAAACUGAUAUUUACUGUGCGAUGUGCUUUUUAGGUUAGUUUUAUAGUUUGGUGCUCCUAUUGGUGCUAAUUUCGCAAGGUUGUUUGGCAAAUAGAGUUUUUGCGAAGAAAAUAGCACGUUAGGGUAUUUGACUGUAUUAUAAAUAUAAAUUUUGCUAGUGACGUAAUAUUAAUAUAAAUUAAAUCUUUAUAAAACAAAACAUUAAUCUUUAUUAAAAAAAAGUGGAUAUAAACAAACGACUUUCUAAAAAUUGACACAAAUUAGUGAUAUCAGUAUAUCGUCUUAGAAAAGUGCAAAAAAGUUUUGUGGGGCUAAGUAACAAGAUACCGAAGGUAAUA